CACUCUCGCGUCGAUGGCGCCGUCUGCAGAGACAGGAGGCUAUCUGGUAUUCCUCCUCUUCAUUCCACUCCUGUCUACGUUAUGGAUCUGGAUGAUCGUGUCCAAGCCCGCCAUCAUCUUCCAUGCAUCGCAAGCGUUCUUCAAUUUCCUUGCAAUGUGCUGCUUCGCCAGCGUCGCAGCCUUCCAAGCGCACUGGGGCGUCGGACCGUCGGGGCUGACCGGGUUUGCGCUGUUCGUUGCGGUCACGGGCAUUUGUUUUCCACUGUUUCUGUUGUUCGUACCUGUGAUCUACGACAAGUACAACAAGGGCGCGCGGCUUGCGCGCGCUCUCAACGAAGUACGCGUCGGGUUCAUCAUGGUGGGCGCGGGAACGGCCAUCAGUCUACUUAUCGCCUUUAUCGUUACCAUCUCCGCGUGGACGGAACCUGGGUGCAAGAACGCGAACAAUGAUCCGCAUGCUAGCAAAGGACAGACGUACCGGAACGACUUGUCUGGCUGGUGCAGCACGAAAAAGGCAGGGGGUGUAUUCUUCUGGUUGACUUUCGUUUUCUGGCUAGCAUCGCUCAUCCUGAACAUCCUUGAUUGGCGGAACGGCAAGUCCUCGCGCCCGCGCGACCAACCCUUUACACAUCCAACCGACUUCUCUGAGAUUGAGACGCACGCCGAAGACGAUGAUGAGUCUACGACGGGAUACUACGGCAAGCGGCCUGUCUCCGACGCCGAGUCUGGGCAGUCGCCGUUCGAGGAUAGCAACACACCGACUGGUUAUGCGCCACCCACUGCCUCAUAUGCUGCACCUGCGAUGCCACGCCCGAGCAUUGAUGCGUACGGCGCGUUCUCCGAUCCUGCCCCGAGCGGCUUCGGAGCUGGUCCUGCGGCCACACCUCCACCCGCAGAGAGUCCGCGGGUGAGCCGCACGAUGCAGUAUGCAGAUCCGUACGCCGCAGUGCGCGCGUCGAUCUCAACCGGACCGCAGCACCCCGCGCCCGCGCCAGAGUAUACGUCGUACGGCGGUGGAUACUCAUGAUCACUGCGAUGCACACACGGACUAGAGAUCUGCCUUGUUGUAGUAUAGUAAUCUCUGACGAUCCGGGCUCGGCCCAUGCGCGACGACGUUCAUGUUCAUGUACCCUCACGUUGCUUCGUUUCUUUGGAUGGCAGUACUAUACGCUAACUUAUGAUCAUGUCUUUCCUGGUAUAUCGCGUGUACCACCACACACUAGUAUUGGCCUCUGCUCAAAAUGAUUAUCCUUCACGUAUACACG